GGAACUAUAAGAAAAACAGAAGCAACACUCCGUACAACACAUUCAUAUGACUUCACAGAAGAAGAGUACUUGAAAACUUCAACUGCUGCCAUUAUUCCCAGUUUUCGUCUUUCUUUCAACCCUAGUAGUAACAGAAUAAGUUCUAAAUUUCAGAUCUUCUUUAAGGAAAUGUUCAAUGCUAAAAGGAGAUGUGGCUGAUAAUGAAACAAAGAACAGAAAAUAAAGGACUCCUUUUACAAAGUGAAGCACAUCACUGGAAUUGUAACACAGAUUUAUUUUUGACUAUUAUAAAGAAGAAAUGGCUGCCAAUCUACAGUGCAUUUAUAUAAUUUGGCUCAUUGUGCUAUGCUCCAUAUUACAUUUUGCUUUUCCAAAUGAAAAGGGUACUGACAGAACAUCAGCUCAAAACUUUUCCUGUGUUGUUAAGUCAUACACAUUUAAAGGCCCUUCUAUGAAUUGCACUUGGAAGGCUGGCAAAGAGGCUCCAAAAGACACCCAAUAUUUUCUUUGGUUAAAAUACAACACGGACGAAGAGAUAGAAUGCCCACAUUACAUCAGUGAUAAAUUUGGAAGACAUAUUGGAUGCUAUUUUCUCAAUGUGACUGUAAAUGGAGACAGAGUGGACCUGACAGUGAAUGGAUCAAGUGAAGAAUCACCAAUUCAGCCUUCUUCUCAUAGUCCUCAACCAUAUUUACUUGAAAAACUUGGACCACCAAGAAAUAUCACUGUGAAUUGUGAAGAACAAUUGUACUGUACAGUAAAAUGGAAGCCACCUCCAAGUAGCCUUCGUGUUAAACCGGACUGUUUUCGGUAUCAAAUAAAGGAUGAAAUCAGAAAUACAUAUCAGAAUAUAACAGAACAGGUCUCUUUCAAAAAUUACUCUAAGGGUGUAAGACAAAGAUUGAGGAUUCGUACAAGAAAACAAAUUACAUGUCCCCUUACAGAUGAAUUUGGUGAAUGGAGUGAACCAAUUGAAUUUGGCACUGAUCCCAGUCCAUUCCCUACAAUGCUCUUUAUCUUUGUUCUAGCAGGAACCAUAAUUAUAAGCUUGGCUCUGGUUUUGGCCUGCAAAAGAUCUCAUGCAUGGAAAAAAAUUAUUGCUCCAGUCCCACAACCAAAAGACAUUCUUAAGCAGUAUGAGAAGAACAUGGAGAAAGCCUGCAUGGAUCCAUUAUCGACAACAGCAGAGGACGAAAAAAUCACACUGGUUGAAGACAUGACUGUUAACAAAGAAGUAUGAGUCAUUUUCCUUAACUGUCCAGCAAUUAAACCUCAGAAAUUAUGGAAAUACCAUUUCUUUGGGAGAGUUCACACAGCUUCAAAAAUGAAUUAAUCAGGAUUCUUCCACAAUAAGAUACAAGCAUAACUACAACUGACCCACUGUACCAGCUUUUGUAUAUCCCAGUAUAUUCUGUCCACAACAUAGCCCUUAGGGGUUACUUUUCCUUCUUCUUUCGUGGUUUUGACAUGGGUAGUGGUUUAUUGGAUAGAACUGAUUAAUGCUUAGCACACAUUCAUUACACCCUUUGACUUUGUUUUGAUGUUUAUAACUUACUAGUUUGGGGACCCGGCAAUGCCCGGGUUAUUUGAAAAAGGCAUUAUUUGUCUUUGAUUGUUAGGUAUUCUCAGUUUGGAGUGGGUGAACUACUAUUCCGAGUCGUGGGUCAAUCCUCCCCAAACCCUGCCAGUAUUCAAAGUUGGCCAUUUUGGGUCUGUGUACCAAGUGAGGUCCAGAUCUGUUGUUGGCUGGUCAUUGCCUGGCUGCAGUGCUCUCUGGAUGGGGAUGAACUGCUACAACUCCCAGAUUCCAGGGGCAAUGGUCCUAAAACAUUUGUCAGUAUCCGCAGCAGGUUAUGUUGAGUCUGUGUGCCAAGUUUGGUCCAGAUCCGUCGUUGGCUGGGUCCAGCGCUCAUUGGACGCAUGUGAACUACAACUCCCAAAAUCAAGGCCCAUUACCACAAACUCCUGCAGUAUGUUCAGUUGGUCAUGAGGCUUCUCUGUGCAAAGUUUAGUCCCGGUCCAUUGUCGGUGUGGCCACUGUUUCUCUGGAUGCAGGUGAACUAUAACUCCCUUUUCCGCAAACUGGUCCAAUAUGUUCUUUUGGUUAUGGGGGCUCUGUGUGCCAUGUUUGGUCUUGGUCCAUCAUUGGAGGGGUUCAGAGUGCUCAUUAAUUGCAGGUGAACUAUAAAUCCCAGUAUCUACUACUCCCAAAUGUCCAGGCCAAUUCCCCUCAAAACCCACCAGUAUUCAAAUCUGGGCAUAUCAGGUAUGCAUGGCAAGUUUGGCCCAGAGCCAUCAUUGUUUGGGUUCAUAGCAUUCUGGGUGCAGGUGAACUACAACUCAUCUAAAUUCCCCAGUAGGAGUCACAGUGAUCUAACUUGAUGCAGGGUAAACUACAACUUCCACCAUGUGGAGUCAAUCCCCCAAAGUCCUCCAGUAAGUUUAGUUGGUGCUCAGUUCUGCUGUCUUUGUUAUGCAGAUAGAAUUGAAAGGGAAGGGCAGUAGGCGGGGUCAUGCAAAUUCACACCAAUGGAGAACCCUGGGAUGCCUGGCUGUGGUGGUGGACAAUGCAAAAUCUAGGAUGAAAUGGUCCCCAAAUGAAAGCAUUGUCAGGGGUCAGGAGAUUGAGGAGUUUCAGACCCUACAGAUGAAAACUAAAUCUGGCUUGCCCCUACAUAGUCUUCUAGCAAUAUCUGUUCAGAGCUUUCUAUGGGUAUAUCAGGGCUUCCUUUUGGGGUGGCGCAGGUACCAUUACACUAAUGGCCCAUCUCUGCCAGCCUAAAGUGGCAUUGAUUCCCAUUACAAAACUCCCACCACACCUUAGUCUUAGAACUUGUGUAACAAUUGUUUUUUUUUUUUACUUCACAGUAUGAAUAAUAACAUUUUAUUCUGUUAAAUAAAUUCUGUAUAUUGCAAGAUACUCUUUUAUAUCUCUGAAGCCAUGCUUAAUGCCUUCUGGUUCCAGAUCAUCAAUUACCAAUCUUAAUGGAAAUGCGUUUGCAUGUAAGUUCUUCCCAAAGUAUUUUUCAUAAAAAUAAAAAUUGUGAUGGAUGGCGGAACCUUAUCAGCAAAGGCACUCACAAGACAAAUCCUGGAAAUAUAUUUAAUGAUAGGUUACUACACUACAGGAAAGUUACGACUAAAGAAAAAACAGGCAAACAACGACCACUUCAUCAGAUGAGCAAAGUUGUCCAUCCUACGAGGCUUGCACCUCCCUUCAGACACAGAGCCCUCUGGAUCACAUCACAUGAUAUUGAUCUACUUCCGGAAAGAUCUGUCCUUGAAGAGAGGUACAGUUGUCUUAGGAGGCAGAACCAGCAACACAGGAGGCUUCCCAUGUUGCAUUGAAAACGGGAGGAAGUCAAGCGGUGACGCUUCCCCCAUGAGAUGAGUGGUGACCCAGGUGAUGUGAGACAAUGAGUUCCCCAUGCCCCCCCCCACCAGAUUCACUACGAUCCAUGGAGAAUCCCCCUGCUAUCAGCCGGUUUGGGGACCCGGUAUCACCCGGAUGAGGUCCCUAGUCCAAUACUCCCUUGAGAUCCCACCCCCUUCAAUUCUUGAACAUUUACAAGUAUCUUGUUCUGGUCCAAGCUGGCUCAUGUUAUCAGUCUCUUCUCAAGCCAUGCUGAAAUUAUCAGCUUUUUCUCAUGGUGGGACUCAUUUUAUGCAUUCAUCAUCUUGGGAUGAAUUAUGGCAUGGGGAGGGGUGUGCUGGUGUCUCAGAGACACCAGAACAGACCCCAUGACAAUUUGCUUUGAUUCUAUUAUUUUUGGCUUGAUUAUUUAUUCAUUUUGGAAUAAUCAACAUCUGCAAAAUAGUCUGUCCUUACUUCAUUACUGAACAUACUUUCCUCUUCAAAGCCAAAACACUUCUUUUAGUUGCCUGAUGGCUUUAAUAUGAUUUUUUAAAAAACAUUAUUUUCACUAUGCAUUUUCUAAGUAAACUCAAUUUGUGUUUUUUA